GACAUCAAAGAUGAGGUGCUUUUCCAAGCCAGAGGUGGACACUUUGGUGGCUAAUACAGAGCCAGAGCUGAGGAUGGUGCUGCUUGGGAAAGUCGGAGUUGGGAAGAGUGCUUCAGGAAACACCAUCCUGGGCAUGGAAAAUGUAUUCAAUCUAUCAGCUGACAUAUUGGAGUGCCAUGUGGAAAAGGGGAAAAUUGGAGAACAAGAUGUGGUCGUUGUUGAUACCCCAGGGUUUUUUCACACUAAGAGAUCUACAGAGGAUUUGGUGAAAGAGAUCAAGAAAUCCAUCUCACUUGCUGAACCCGGUCCUCAUGUGUUCCUGAUUGUGCUGAGGAUUGGGGAUAAAUACACAGAUGAAGAAAAGGAAAUGGUGGAAAUCAUUCGCAGUACUUUUGGCAAAAACGUAAUGGAUUACACUAUGGUCUUAUUCACCUUUAAAAGCAGACUGCAAGACACUGACAUAGAAGAAUUUAUUCGAUCAAAUAAAGACCUCCAUGACCUAAUCUUACAGUGCAACUGGGGAUACCAUGUUUUUGACAACACCAACAAGACUCCUGAGCAGGUCACUGCUCUGCUGGGGCAGAUCAACAAAAGGAUUAAGACACCAGGAGGAGACUUCUACACCCCAGAGAUGCUCCACAAGGCUGAAAUUGCCUUACGGAAAAAACAGCAAGAUCCAAAAGGAGAAGGAGCCCAAGCCAAGCUAGCCACCCUUCGAACUUUUGCUUUUUCUGGGAUAGCUAUCGGAUGUGUAACGGGGUAUCUUGCUGGUGGUGGUCAGGUGACGUCUACGGUAGGAGCUGCAUUAGGAGGUGUAGCAGGUGGAAUAUUUGCAAGUGUAACAGCAGGUUUAGGGAUACUUGCCAAAAACGGCAUUGAGAAUUGCAUCACAAAGUGACUGAGUCAGCUGAUCAGACCAGUUCUUACAUGUGAAAAUAAUGUAAAGGGGAAAUCAUGGUGGUGGAGCUUGUAUUUAAUUUUUUUUUAUUUUGUUAUUUCCAUAUUUCUUUAACUUUUUGGUUUAAUUUCGUUAAGUUUUUCAAAUGUUGCGAUCAGUGUGAAAUUUCAUUCAAUUUUUUUCUUUUUUUUUUUAAUAUUGGGGAUGGCUGAUGUUUAUAGAGGCUCAUGUCUCCAAACCUGGUUUAAUAAAAGUCUUUGAAUGUCCAGAAACUCGGGAUGAAGUGACCCUUGAAUAGAUAAUUCUAAUACCAAUAAUAUCACCUAGUUUAGAUGAAUGGAGAAUAUGUACAGCAUUUAAGCUUUAACAUCACCACUAUGUACUUAAAACCCUAACAUCAGUACAGCAGGGGAGUGACAAUAAUAACCUCCCCUAAGGGAACGUAGACGUGGACUUGAUUCUCAGCAGAGUUAUAGCAUAUACUGGAAGAGUAGGUGUGCAAGACAAACCAAUUCUUACAAAUGAAAAUACAGGCAAAAUAAGGGAAAAUAAUGGUGGUGGACUUUGUAUAUAUUUUGUUUCUUCAGUUUUUUGUUUUUUGUUUUGCCUUUCCAUAUAAUGUUAACUAGAAGGCUGUUCACACAGUGGUCUAGUGGCUGACCUAAAUGUUAUGUUUCUAAAAUAAAAAAAAAAAAGAUUAAUGUAGAAUGCAUAAAGCGUUUGGGCACUGACCUUCGCCUAUGCCGUUGUGAGCAUUUUUACUUCUGCGGUGGUGUGUCUUUGUCACUCUGCAGUUACACGUCCAAAAUACUAGUCGGUGGAGGAGGUUUCUGUGAAGUGCUGUUAAGUUUAGUUGAUUCAAAACACACAUUAAACAUGACUUAAUAGGGACAAUUUCAAACACAAGUACACAAAUUGGCUUCACUAUACAGUAACUCGCAGCAUUCACAGACAAACACGUGUUAAUCCGGACACAUUUUCUCCACAAAUACAACAUGCUAACGUUAUUAGCACAAGCCUAUGGCAUUUUACAUUGUAUAAAUUAGCCUAGCAGCUAGCAAUCUUUUCAUCCUCUCAUAUAAAACCAGGGACAACGGCAACGUUUAAUAAAGGUAACGGCACACAGUUUGGCUCCAUUAUAACUCACAAGGUUCACUGACAAAACAACUGUCCUGUACAAAACACGUUUUCCAAACAAAUACAAAAUGCUAACGUUAUUAGCGCCAGCCUAUGGCAUU